AUGUCGAUAUCUACAGCCACAGAUGAUCGCACUGAAGGCGAUGAUGACACAUCACAAGGAAGUCAACCUAAAGAUGACAGUAGUGGUUCUGAAAAUGAGAAUGAGCCUCAGAGUCAAAAUGGUGGUUCACCAAGCCCUGAAGUACAUGAGAUUACAAGUGAUGAAGAAGAUUGUGUAGUGACUAAUGAUGAUGAAUCAUCAAGUUCUAGUACAGACUCCGAUGAUAGUUCAGAAGAAUCACAGCAAAGUGCUAAAGAUAGGGAUGAAGUAAAGCAAAAAAGUGCGGAAACAUUAGAGAAUGGUGGUGAAGAAUCAGACAUAGAGGAAGUGUCUGUUGAGGAUCCUCUUAAUCAAACCCAAAAAAGUAAACCUAUAGUGGUCAGUGAUACAAAAGAUUUAGUUGAUCUUGCUACAAAACAAAGUAAAUCUGAUGAAAGUGACCCAAAUAAAGAACCAACAGUUGUAAUUAUAGACACAAAUUCAAUUAUGUCUGGAAAAAGCACAACCCCGGUGCAGAAUAAAACACCUACUAGCAAUUUUGAUGCUCACAAUCUAUGUCAAAGCAUAGCUGCUCGAGGCACAACAAUUACCCCCGUUAGUAGUAAGACAAGUACAGUGACACGAAACAAUUCACCAGCUUCAACUCAACCCAACAUUUUGCCUUCUUUAACUGAUGAUAUGUUUGUGGUAGAAGCACCAUCAUUCAUAGUACCUUAUGUAUAUGAAAAGCCUUCAGUUAAACCUUUUAGAGAGUUUGUUGACAAAUUAGGAAAGCAAUUGGAUGAAGUAAAGUUGAAGGAGGAUCAAGAAAAAUUACAGAAUGAAUCUGAAAGGGUUAAAAAAGAAAAGGAAAAGCAAGAAAGGUCUGAAAAGGGGGAAGAAGCUGAAGAUGAAGCUGAAAGUGACAAGGACAACAGGAGAGAAAAGAAACAAGACAAGAAGAAGCGAAAGAGAGGAAAUAUGGAUGAUGAUGAUUCUUGGGAUGGUGAAUCUACCAGUGACUCUGACGAAGAUGCACUGUCAGAUGAUGAUACAGUAGUUAUAAAAGAUAAAGAUGAUACAGAUAUAAAAGAUCCUAUUAGUAUAAUUUCUAAAAGUCUUAUGGGCAAAGGUGACAGUUAUUUUGACUGUUCGCUUGGUCAAUUCUUUAUCAACAUUGGUUUGAAUCUUGUUCAAGAAUUUGUCCAAAGUGAUUUACUUAAGCAACAAAAUAGAAAAUUAUAUAAGGAAAAGAAGUCAGGCCGUAGCACUAAAGCCACUGAAUCUGCUAUUGUAUCACUCACUCAAAAUUUAGAAUUCAGUAAAAAAAUGAAUGCCCCAUAUACCCUUAAACAGAAAAAAUGUGAAUUCUGUAGUUUUAAAACGGAGUCAAUGCUUAUAAUGGCACAUCAUUUGGAAGCACCACAUAUGAGGAAUAAUAUAUAUAAAUGUAACACAUGUCCGUUUGAAAUACGCAGUCCUCAUGAUAUACUAUUUCACAUGGAAGCUGAGCAUAAUAUUAGAGGCAGGCUUGAAAGAGCACCAGCUUAUCAACAAUGUGCCAGUUGUCACUUUGAAGACAACAGUAAAACUAAAUUGGCACGACACUUAAUUGCAUGUGCAAAGAAGUUUAAGCCAGAAUUCAAUCUGGCCCCACCACUGGAAUGGGAACCUCCAGCUAAAAUACCAAAGUUAAAUAGACCACGCAAUAAUGUUGUGGGACCAUAUCAACAAAACUUUAGUAGGUCUCAAGUUGGUGUUAAUAGCUUGGGUCGACCCCCAAUGAAUGUUAACAUUGUCCCAUCCAUGCCUGUGCUUGGACGACCUCGUGGUCGUCCACCUAUGUCAAAUCCCAUUAGGCCACCAGUAUCUGGUGUGCCUAUUUUACGCAGUGGAGUUAUGAUAAUGCAUAACAAUCCUCCAUCUGGAACCACUAUUGCUAAUUAUCCCAUCAUGCAGAACAACCAAGCUGGAAACCAUGCAUCAGCCACUCCAAAGAUUUCUAUAACACCACUUCCAAGGGCACCUCAACCAUCCUCGUCCCAAACACAACAAAACUCUAAAGCUACAUUUGUUAUCUGUGAAAUAUGUGAUGGUUAUAUUAAAGAUUUGGAACAACUAAGAAAUCAUAUGCAAUGGAUACAUAAAGUGAAAAUUCACCCUAAAAUGAUUUACAAUAGACCACCAUUGAACUGCCAGAAAUGUCAGUUCAGGUUCUUUACGGAUCAGGGCUUAGAGAGGCAUUUGCUGGGCUCUCAUGGGUUGGUAACAAGUUCUAUGCAGGAAGCUGCUAACAAAGGGAAGGAUGCAGGUAGAUGCCCCGUUUGUGGCAGAGUGUACCAGUGGAAACUGUUGAAUCAUGUGUCAAGAGACCAUAGCAUAACUCUAAAGCCAGCACAUUUAUCAUACAAGUGUACGGUAUGCACUGCAACAUUUGGAAUGUACAAACAGUUUGAGAACCAUGUGUACUCAGCUCACAGUGUGGUUGCAAAGAGAGUUAUGGACAAAAACAAGACCACUACUGCCCCAUCAAAGCCUACAGAUAAUGAUUCUUCACUCAAGCCACUAAAGAUCAGUGACGAGAUAACAAUUAUACCACAACCAAAAUCAAAUGUGACUAUCACUGCAAAGGGAAAAUAA